AAAAUUUCAUGUUAUGUUAACUUUUAUGUCUAUUCAACCGAAGGAAGGGACUUUUUAUGUACUAUAUGUAAACUAUUCAACCAAAAGUAUUUAACACAUCGAAAACCUUUUCUUUUUUUAUUUUUAUUUGGUGGGUUUUGUGAAUAAUGUGAAUACUUUGGAUCCAUUGGCAAUCCAACGACAACGGUACAAUAGCAACAUUACGUGUUCAGCUCUAUAAAUACCACCUCUUUUGCCUUAUCACGGUGCACCUGAUCAAACAUACAUAAGAGUAGCUCACAAUGAAGACCAAGGGUUGUGAACUGCUGCUUUCAUUUCUUCUGGCCUUUGCCAUUAUAACAAAUGCUUUGCUUGGUGGUGGUGCUGCUGCUUCUGAUGUAGUACUUGACUUAAGUGGUGGGAAAAUGCCAGUAACCGAUUACUACUACAUAGAAGACCCUUUGUUUCGCCCUAGAACGGUAGUCCAACUAGUCAGUGGUGGAAACGAAACAUGCCCACUUGAUGUGGGCCCACGUAUACAAUUACUCGGUGGCAUCCCAGCGAGGAUUUCGCCUGUGAACUCCGACGAUGGCGUGGUCCGUGAAUCCACUGAUCUCAACAUCAAAUUCGUUUGGGUACCACCAUGUGCUCAGUCUGGUGUGUGGAAUGUUCAGUACGAUGAAGAGUCUGAAGAAUAUUUUGUGAGAGUUGGUGGAGUAGAGGGAAACCCUGACUGUGAAACCAUAACCAAUUGGUUUAAGAUUGAAAAACUUGGAGAUUACUACAAGCUCGUUUUCUGUCCAAGUGUCUGUAACAAUCAUUACUGCAACGCCAUUUGUAAAGAUGUUGGCCGUGAUUCCGAGGGUCGCUUCGUUCUAAGCGAUACACCAUACCGGAUCGGGUUCAGAAAGUUCGAACUCUUGAAAUCAAAGAUCAGCUACCAGUACUAA